AUGUGUGAGGAAAGAGAUGAAGAGUUGGUUGAGGAGGAUGAAUCCGAGGCUGAAUACGAUGUUGAUAAAGGGCGACUGGCAAAAAUAUUCUUCAUAUCUUUUCUACUAAGGGUUCUGGUUUUCAUGUUUUCACGAGAUUGGCUAGCUUCAAGACCCGAGCUAGUCAGUCCAUUGACUAAUUAUCGUCGGGUUCUUGAUGGAGUUGCACUUAAAGCUGAUUUUGGAACAGCUUAUGACGGAGAUCUUGUUUUAGUGCAACCGAUGUUGUUGUCAUUUUUCUCACCGUUCAGCUACGUUUCAAAAAUCUCGUUGUUUCUCCUGUUCUGCUUUUUCGAUUUCCUAGCUGCAUUUUUCCUUCUCUGCUCAGUGUUCCAUUUGAACAUUGACAAGAACGUCGGGUUCACUAUUUAUAAAUGUUAUUUAUUCAAUCCUUUCACAAUCACUUCUUGUGCAAUCUUCAGCGUUUCAUCGUUUUACAAUAUGGUUACUUCCCUUUUCAUAUAUUGUUUCGUUUCCGGAGCGUACCUUUCAACUAUUGUCUGCUUAGCGUUCAUAUCAAGCUUGUGCUUCCAUCCUAUCGCUCUAUUAGGCUCAGUUAUUCUGCGUUUCCCAUCUUCCCGAGCCUUCUCCACUUUGGUAGUCUUAUCGGCUAGCAUUACUAUUUUUGUUUUACUCAACUUCAUGUUCAACGGAUUGAAUUGGAAUUUCGUGAAAUCCACCUAUGGGUCUCUGUUACAAAUGGACGAUCUGAAUCCGAAUAGUGGUGUCUUCUGGUAUCUUUUCAUACAGGUUUUCCCUCAAUUCCGUCAGUUCUACCUGGCUGUUUGUCAAUGCAGUCUCAUAUUCUAUAUAAUUCCUCUGACUUUUGCUCUGAGGAAAGACCCUCAUCUUCAUGUGAUCAUAUCGUUGUUACUAAUAACAAUAUUCUCUCCUUACCCAACGCUCAACUCAGGCUCUGUUUACUUGGCACUGUUGCCUUCACUGGAAAAAUACUGGAAACAGCCUGUACGAUUUGUUCUACUUCUUGGUGGUAUUAUGGUAACCUGCGCAGUGCUCAUGCCGGUCAUGUGGCACAUGUGGAUAGUCGUAGGGUCGGGAAAUGCGAAUUUCUACUUCGCAGUCACGCUUCUCUACAAUUUUGCUCAGAUUUAUUUGAUGUUGGACUUGCUUUUCGCUUAUUAUCGAUCUGAUCUUCAAGCUGUUUGUGAAGAUCACUUGAAUUUGAAGACAACACUAACAUUCCGGUCGCAAUUAACAAAAUAUGAGAACUAA